GCAACAUUAAGGGUGCAAGCUACCGUUAAAACCCGAAGAAGAAGAAGAAGAAGCAUCUUCCCCAUGAUGUACAUGAGGUUCAUGAGGUUCCGUCGCUGGUGUUUCUGACGGACUGUUUACAAAGUUGCAACACAGGAAGUCGUGUGUUCGUGUGUUGUGUAGCAGGCUGCAUAUUCCCAUGGUAGAAUCCUUCAUUCACACAUCCAUCUUUAAAUUGAUGAUUAAAGAGAAAGGAGGAUGUUCGCGGGUCUUCCUGAGCUCGGUAUCUCUAACGGAGAGGACCUGAAGGAAACUCUCACCAACUGCACCGAGCCUCUGAAAGCCAUCGACCAGUUCCAGAUGGAAAAUGGCAUCCUGCUGCCGACCCUCCAGUCUGCUCUUCCCUUCCUCGACCUCCACGGAACGCCUCGGCUGGAGUUCCACCAGUCUGUCUUUGAUGAGCUUCGAGAAAAGCUGAUGGAGCGAGUCGCCACUAUUGCAGAGGGCAAGGACGAGGACAGAUAUGGGAAGCUGGAAGAGCUGCUGGAGAAGAGCUUCCCCCUUGUCAAAAUGCCGUCCAUUCAACCAGUGGUAAUGCAAGUGUUGAAGCAUCUACCCAAGGUGCCAGAGAAGAAACUGAAGAUGGUGAUGGCUGACAAAGAGUUGUACAAGGUGUGUGCUGUGGAGGUGAAAAGGCAGAUCUGGCAGGACAACCAGGCCCUGUUUGGGGACGAAGUGUCACCGCUCCUGAAGCAGUACAUUGUCGAGAAGGAAGCAGCUCUGUUCAGCAGCGACCUCUCCAUCCUGCACAAUUUCUUCAGCCCUUCUCCCAAAACACGACGCCAAGGCGAGGUGGUCCUAAAGCUGACGCAGAUGAUUGGAAAGAACGUGAAGCUGUACGACAUGGUACUGCAGUUUUUACGAACACUCUUCCUACGAACACGAAAUGUUCACUACUGCACACUGAGAGCAGAGCUGCUGAUGUCUCUUCACGACUUGGACAUCAGUGAGAUCUGCUCCGUAGACCCCUGCCAUAAGUUCACCUGGUGCUUAGACGCCUGCAUCCGUGAGAAAUUUGUGGAUGGAAAGCGAGCCAGAGAACUGCAAGGUUUCCUGGAUGGAGUGAAGAAAGGACAAGAGCAAGUCCUUGGCGACCUGUCCAUGAUCCUGUGUGACCCAUUUGCCUGUAACACCCUGGUCCUAAGUAUCAUGAGGAAUCUGCAAGAGCUGCUGAGUCAGGACGCUUUACCCAGGGACAGUCCAGACCUGAUGCUGCUGCUGAGGAUGCUGUCACUGGGUCAAGGGGCAUGGGACAUGAUUGACAGCCAGGUCUUUAAAGAACCUCGUUUGGACUUGGAGGUGGUGACCCGCUUCCUGCCUGCCAUGAUGUCAGUGGUUGUUGAUGAUCACACCUUCACUGUAGAACAGAAGGUUCCCAGUGAGGAGAAGAGUUCGUCGUCAUACCCCACCACCCUGCCAGACGCCUUCAACAGGUACCUGCAGGAGAACAGAGUGGCCUGUGAAAUGGGUCUGUACUACAUUCUCCACAUCGCCAAACUGAGGAACAAGAAUGCCUUACAGAGGUUACUGCCUGCCCUGGUGGAGACCUACAACGACAUGGCCUUUGGUGACAUAUUCCUGCACCUGCUGACUGGACACCUCACCCUGCUCUCUGAUGAGUUUGGAUCAGAAGACUUUUGUUCAGUUGUCUUUGAUGGCUUCCUUCUUACUUCUUUUUCCAGUAAAGAGAACGUCCACAGACACGCCCUCCGGAUGUUGCUGCAUCUCCACCACAAAGUGCUGCCAUCGUGCAUGGAAACCUUGAUGAAAACUCUUGAACCUCCAAAACAGAGCAGCGAGCCAGUGAAGGAGCUCUACACACAGCUGACGGAGAAGCUGGACGCCCAGAAGAAGAGCCCUGCGCCACCAGAUGAAACUCCAUCCCUGGACCUGGGGCUGCACCCAGUGGCUGUCCCCACCACCGCCUCCACCCCAACCAAGCCACUCUGAGGCACAGCAGAACCAGCAGCGAGAACAACAGAAUCGUCUAUCAGUGACUGACUGUAAAUACAGCCACCAGUUAGCUCGUGAUUUUUCAAAAAGAGACUGGACAUUUUACAUUAUGGUUUGUUCUUUUUUUUAACGGAGGCUUAUUUUCUUUAGAUUUUUGUGUCUGAGAGGCUCUUCCAGCUCUGACAGUGUAGUCCAGCAGACAUCCCUUUUUCUAAACUUUGUGCUCUUGCAUUAUUGUCAGAAUAUACAGUAUCUUCAUGUGUCAUUGGGCUAUCAGUGUGUGAUUUGUGUCAGUAGUGCAACAACAUAUGCAAGUGGUUUCACACUUUGUGAAAUAUGCAAAGUGUUUGAGGGCUCUGUCGCAGUCUUUGUUUUAGGUCUGACAGUCUGCAGACUUUGUUUAAGGGAACAACCCACAAUGCAUAGCGGUGUGGCGUUACGACGACGACCGUGGAAUGGCGAUCAUAAAAAAGACAGAAACAAAACCUGUAAUGAGUCAACAAAAGAUGAUUUAUUUUGAUUUACAAUUGCACAUGUUAAACAGAACUAGUUGAUACUGUGGCAGGAUGUAGACCUCAGAUAUGACAAUAUAAUAAUAAUAAUAAUAAUAAUAAUAUCAAUAGUUUUACACUUCAUUAAACUACAUACAGCCUCACACUUUACUGAACAUAGAAAUGUCUCUGUUUAGGUCCAAUGAUCUCACAAAGUGCUUUCCCAUUCAUCAAAUAGCAUUAGAGCCCUCACAUCCUCAUGCACUCACACACUUACUGUCCCAAUGUCCCGUUGAUUUAGGGUAAGUCUGCACUGAGAGGUCAGUGCUUUGGGCUUAGGGGGGACAUUGGAACUGGGCCAGAAUGAAAAAAUGGACUGCUGCAAAUUUUCAACACCAAAUCCAGUCCAGAGAAACAGAUGAGAGAGAGAGCCUCAUCUCUGGUAAGAUAUUUUUAAACUGCUCACUAUAUGAGCAACAAAUGAGUAUAGGGUUUUAGAAUUACAUUUUACUUGUCAUAACAAUCAUUAAACCAUUCCGGCCUCUUUUUUUAGAGUGGUAAGGGGAUGGGGGGGCCGGGGGAUGUUCAGGGGUAGAAAACAAUCAACAGUAGAUGUCACAGAAGUGGUGUACAUCAUCUGAAAGCUGGGACCUGACGAUUAAUCUGAAAUGCGGCUCAGCACCGUGUGUCAAGUCGUUCUAGUCAUUAAUAAGAAAGAAAAAUUAAUGAAUUAAUUGUGAAAGUGUGUAAGAGCAUAGAAUAUGAUGAUAGAAGUUUGUGAUGGCCUUUCCCAUGUUUACUUAUGUCUCAUAAAUUGUUGCAGCAAU